GGGUACCCCGUAACGUGACGGUGCUUCGUUGACAGCUACGCGCACACUAUUUCUUUCAUCUUUCCUUUUUCUCUCGAACCUCCACGAAUAAUACGUUUUGCAAACUCUCGAGAUUGCUUCUUCUAGACAAAAUCCUCUUCUUCGUUCAACUUUUCUUCAUCGCUGAUUCUCUUAAUUGAAAUCAUUCUUCAGCUAUACUUGUUUCGAUUUGGUAUUUCUACUCUCUUUGAUUGAAAAUUCCGGAAGAUCUGAUUAGCCAUGUCUUACGCUUACCUCUUCAAGUACAUCAUCAUCGGAGAUACUGGUGUUGGAAAAUCUUGCCUUCUUCUUCAGUUCACAGACAAACGUUUCCAACCUGUUCAUGACUUAACAAUUGGUGUUGAAUUUGGAGCCAGAAUGAUCACCAUUGACAACAAACCAAUAAAGCUCCAAAUCUGGGACACAGCUGGUCAAGAAUCAUUUAGAUCAAUCACAAGAUCUUACUACAGAGGUGCUGCUGGUGCCCUUCUUGUUUAUGACAUCACCAGGAGGGAAACUUUUAAUCAUCUUGCUAGCUGGUUGGAGGAUGCUAGACAACAUGCAAAUGCAAACAUGACAAUUAUGCUUAUUGGUAACAAAUGUGAUCUUGCACAUAGAAGAGCUGUUAGCACAGAAGAAGGUGAACAGUUUGCAAAAGAACAUGGUUUAAUUUUCAUGGAAGCUUCUGCAAAAACUGCUCAGAAUGUUGAAGAGGCAUUCAUAAACACAGCUGGAACAAUUUAUAAGAAGAUUCAAGAUGGGGUUUUUGAUGUAUCAAAUGAGUCUUAUGGUAUUAAAGUUGGAUAUGGUGGCAUUCCUGGGCCUUCAGGAGGAAGAGAUGGGUCCACUUCUCAAGGAGGGGGUUGUUGCAAUUAAUAAAACAAUUGGGUGCUUUGAAAAACUUUUUUUUUUUUUUUUUUUGAUUGAUGCAAUCAUCACAUUGUGUAAAAAA